GUGAGUUGUGAUUUUGUUAGGCAUUCACGUCUUGAUUGUUGUGUUGUACAAACUUAAUUUUUAUACUUCAUACUAAUAUAGACCGUUGUUUGACAAUAGUGAAAAAUGAAAGUUAAUAAAAAAAUAAAAGAGAAAAAACUUAAUCCUUUCGAGUUACACAUAAAUAAUAAAAAAUUUACAAUAUUGGGUCGUAAAUCCAAAAAUGAAGUCGGCCAACCUGGUAUUGCACGAUCCAAAUCUAUUCAAAAGAGGAAGAAAUCUUUAUUGCUCGAGUAUAAGUUUAAAGAUAAAUCAAAUAAAUUUGUUGAUCGUCGAAUCGGAGAAAAAAAUCGUGCAAUGACAGCAGAAGACCGUGUUAUUGCUCGAUUCACUGCAAGCAGAGUCAGAGCUCAAAAGAAAAUGAAAUAUAACUUAGGUGAAGAAGAAGAUCUUACUCAUCAUGGUCAAACAUUGUCUACAAUUGAAAAAUUUGAAAAACCUAUGAGUGAUGAUGAUUCCGAUUCUGAUGAUGGUCGGAAUGGUGGAAAGUUAGCAGCUGAGUUUGUUGAGAAAGCUCAUUUCGGUGGAGGUGUUUUAAGUAAAGCUGGUGAUGGUGAAAGUAGUCAUCGUGAUUUAAUUGACAAAUUGAUAGCUGAAUCAAAAAUAAGAAAGUAUGAAAAAAAACAACUCAAACAAGAAACUAACGAGCUGACUGAACAGUUAGAUAAAGAUUGGAAAGAACUUAUGCCUGUUGUUCCUACUAAAAAUUAUGGUGAAAUAGAUAAUGAAGAUGAGCCUCCUACUAAAAAAAAAGUUGACAAAAAUUCAUAUGAUGUUCUAAUGAGAUCUUUAAAAUUUGAUCGUAGAGGAAUGGCUAGUGAUAAAUUAAAAUCUGAAGAAGAAAUCGCUAAAGAUGAAAAAGAAAGAUUAGAAAAAUUAGAAUCUGAAAGGUUAAAAAGAAUGAAAGGAUUUGAAGAUGAUAGUGUUAUUAAACAUAGGAGUGCUGAUGAUUUGGAUGAUGGCUUUGAUUUUGGUGAUGAUGAGAUACAACCUUUAGCUUAUAACUCUGAAGGAAAACCACUCAACUGUGGUGAUUUAAUUCCUGUUAAUGAAGAUGAAAAUGGUUUCAACAAUGAGGAAAAUAAGAAUGAUAACGAAGAAGAUUUAGAUGAUGAUGAAAAUGAAAAUGGAGAAGAUGAUAAUAAUGCAUCAGAUUCAGAUGAUGAUGAUGAUGAUAGCAAUAUAAAUAAUGAUAUGAGUGAUCUAAAAGAAGAUGAUGCGAGUUCCAGCAAUGAAGAAACAAAUCAAGAUGUUCAAGAACUAGAUGAAAAUAAAUCAAAAAAAUUAUUUGUUCAGAAAUUAAAAGAAAAAAAAAUUAUAAUGGAUGAAGCUCGAAAACAGUUACCUUUUACUUUUACAGUGCCUGAAUCAUAUGAGAGUUUCCAAGAAACAUUAGAAGAGAGAUGUUUUACAGAACAAAUAAUAAUCAUUGAGCGAAUGAUUAAAUUAAAUCAUCCAAGUUUAGGUAACGAUAACAGGUCAAAUUUACAACGCUUGUAUCCUUAUCUCUUACAAUAUUUAAAUGACAAUUCUGAUUCUAUUGAUGGUUGGAAAAUUCUUAAUUCAUUAGCCUCUCAUUUGUAUGACCUAACACAGUUUUUCCCAGAGUAUGCAGCUAAAUGCUUUAUUGAGGUGCUGAAAGAAAAGCAUACAGAUUUUAUAGAAUCAUCAUCUAAAAAAAUAACUUCAGAUACAUUAAUUUUUUUAAAAUUAGUUCCAUUAUUGUUUCCAUCAUCUGACUAUUAUCAUCCAGUUUGUACUUGUGCUGUAAUGAUAGCAAGUGAGUUACUCUCUCUAGCAAAGAUUAGAAAGCGUUCAGAUAUAGCUUCAUGUUUAUUAUUAACUACAAUUUUAUUAGAAUAUAUUCAGUUGUCUAAACGUUACAUACCAGAAACAAUAAAUAUAUUACGAGGCAUGUUAUUGAUGGCCACGGAGGAUAAUCCUGUGACUCUUGUUCAACAAUUUAGAUCAAAUAUGAAGAUGUUGAUUAUAAAAAAUGAUUCUACUCAAAUUGUAUGGCCAUCAAAAUUAAGCAUAAAUGAAAUAUACAGUGAAGCAGACAUUGAUGAUGCAUUUAAAUUGACUACAUUAUAUGUUACAUUAGAUUUAGUUUGUAGGUUUUGUAAAUUAUGUGCAGAUAUACCUAGUCUUCAAGAAAUUUGGACACCUCAUUUGUCAAUUAUUAAUAAAUUAAAGAUUGAUUCUGAUAAAAUGAACGAACAAAUUAAUACAACAAAGAUACAAUUACAAAUAAUUGAUAAAAAAUUAGAAAAACUGCAGACAUUAUCAAAUAGACCAAAAGCCCUUCGUUUAUAUGAGCCUAGAAUUCAAAAAGUAUACGAUGGGCGAACAUUUAAAACUCAAUCUAAGGAAAAUGCAGAAAGAACCAAACUUCAACAUCGAUAUAAACGUGAAAUGAAAUCUGCUGUUAGAGAAAUUAGAAAAGAUAAUAGUUUCUUAUCUAAACUUAAACAUCACGAACAAGUUAAAAGUGAUGCGGAAAGACGCAAUAAGGUUAAACAAAUUUAUAGUUGGGGCGCAAAUCAAGCUCAUGAAAUUAAUAAACUUGCUAAGAAAAAUAAAAAAUAAA